UUUAAAUCCCCUCGAGCCGAGCCCCAGGUCUCAACAGCCACAACACCGCGAGGGCGACUGACGGCUCGAGGCAGCUGCUGGAGCUCAGAACACCUGUUGCCACGGAAACAGGACCGGCGGGAAAAAUUGCCAAUAAAAGAACAGAACAAAAAAACCAGGUGUUUCCUCCACAGCUGUUAAAGACGGUCGGCCAUGUUGUCUACAGUGCUGCGUUGCGGUCGCUCCGCCGUCGCCAGACGAACCUCCCUCUCUGCACGCUCCUCACCUGAAACCUCCACAGCUUCCGUCCAGGUGGGCGGGGCGUUGUCCGGGGCAACGGGCGCGCGGCGGGCCAGUGGGUCGGCCCGCUUCGACAGCGACGGCAGCGGCCAGCUGGUCACCUGGGACUCAUUCGGCAUCUGGGACAACAGGAUAGAAGAACCGAUACUGCUGCCCUCCAGUAUCAGAUAUGGAAAACCCAUUCCACAGGUAACUGGAUGGAUGGAUGGAUCAGUGCAUGAAAGGGUCAGUCUGUCCCGGGUUGGCAGUGCGUCUCUUCUGGGUCUCAGGAAGCAGAACGAGGACCGCCUCCGCGUCGCCCGUAUCCAUGACAACCUGCUGUACUUCGCCGUGUUCGACGGCCACGGCGGCCCGCACGCCGCCGACUACUGCUACACCUUUAUGGAGAAGUUUAUCAGAGAUGCUUUGGAGGAGGAGGAGGACCUGGAGAAAGUUUUAAAGAAAGCCUUUUUAGAUGCUGACAAGGCUCUACACACACAUCUCAGCUACUUCAACAACGCCUCCUUCCUGACAGCCGGCACCACGGCGACGGUUGCUAUGCUACGUGACGGUGUGGAGCUGGUGGUCGGCAGCGUCGGCGACAGCCGGGCGAUGCUGUGCAGGAAAGGACGAGCCAACAAGCUCACCAGAGAUCACACACCUGACUGCAAGGACGAGAGACACAGGAUCCAGAGGUUCGGCGGCUUCGUGACGUGGAACAGCGUAGGACAGGCUAACGUUAACGGGCGGCUCGCCAUGACGCGCAGCAUCGGAGACUUCCACCUAAAACCCAGCGGCGUCAUCGCUGAGCCGGAUACACGGCGACUCACUGUCCAGCACGCCAACGACACCUUCCUGGCUCUGACCACCGACGGCAUCAACUUCCUGCUGAGUGACCAGGAAAUCUGUGAUGUCAUCAACCAGUGCCAAGACCCCACGGAGGCUGCUGAUGUCAUCGCUCAACAGGCGUUGCAGUACGGCUCGGAGGACAACGCCACCAUCAUCGUCGUCCCUUUCGGAGCCUGGGGGAAACAUCAGAGCUCCGUCGCCGCCUACAGCAUGAGCAGAAACUUCGCUUCGAGCGGGAGAUGGGCGUAGACGACACGCACACACGCACACACACAAACAUCAGAGCUCUAUAGCGGUCAACAAAAUGAGUCGAACAUGACUUUAACGUGAAGGAAACAAACUUUUUCCAACUCAAAACGAUCUGUAAACCGCCCUGAAUUCAUCUGACGCCGCCCGCCGACCCUCAGGUCGUGACCCACAGCAGUGCUGGCUUUAGCAUUAACGUCCCCGUGUUAGCUCCCAGCUGACCAGUCAACAGUGUAUAUAGAGUGUAUAUUAAUAUAUUGUACAUACAGAGAGAUUUGCAGCAGUGUUUGUAUGUCGAGUUUGGACAAAAACAUUUCCUCCUGUGUUUGUCUCACGUUGACGGCGGACGUUGACGGUUCGCUGCUAAAGUUUAACCUCAAACUUCCAAAGUGUCGACUUGUCGGGAAGUAAGAAAAACAGUUUUUCCAGAGGGAUUUUAAAAAAAGUUUAUUUAAAACACACCUUUUUGUUACUUACAGUGUUACUUUUGUACCUGCCGGGUUCGCUAAAUCAUGUUAAAAUAACAAAGACGACAUUUUCCUCUGGUAUCAACUCUUUGAGUGCAACUUGCUGCUGGUUAAAAAAAAAAGAAAAUUGCCAAUUUAACGUUGACGAGGAAUGGCUGAAGUAACCGAGGGAAACAGCAGAGAUGACAAAUACUACAUAAAGAAAUAAAAGCCAAAGUAAAACCUGCCUAUAGCUGCACCUUGUUUACUGUCUGUUAUUCUGUUCUGCAAUGAUUCUGGUAUUUUAUUUCUUAGUGUAGCUGUUAAUUACAUGUAUGCUCAGCCAAACUACCCUGUAUACACGUAAGUAAGACAAUAUAAACAAAAAAAAUACUUCUGUUACACAAAAAUACUAUUUAAUAAUAUAAUUAAUAUAAUAUUAUAUUUCUUCUCUAAUUUUUGCGUGUUUUUUUGUAGUUAAAAUCUGUAAAUGUUGACCUCCUCAGGCCUCUAAAAGUCUCUAAAAGUGAAACAUCUGAGCAGGAAGAAUCGCCUUUUAGUUGGACGGAUCGUAUCGCACGUCCACGUGAAUAAACCGCGUGAUGGGGAGCUAAAAGUAGUUACUGCUUCACAACAGCUCCGUUUCUAUUAAAAGAUUCAGGUUUGACUGUUUUUACUCUGUUUUUGUUUCUUUCAUUACAUUAAUUACUGGCUAAAAGAAUUCAGUUAACCCCAAAUGUGGCUCUUGGUGACAUGAAAGUGCGUUUUCAAAACAAGGGACAAGCCGCCAUAUUGGAGGAGCGUCAACAAAAAUAAGUGUAUUUAUUUUAUUUACGGUAAAACCGUUGUAUCUAAAACUCUGUAAUUGGACCGUCCUGUGUGUCAGUUUCCACCGAAGUGUUUUUAAAACGAGAUACUGAAUCCUCUACCAGCCUCCGGACUUCUGACCUUUGAGCUCUGACCUUUGACCCCUGACCUCCCUGUGGAGACAGACCAUCCAUGAGAGGAUCUGUGUACGGGGAUGAAUAAAGUUUGACUUGUUAAACUGAAA